AUGCAGCUUCCUCUCUUCAUCAAGGUGCUUCCUCUCUUGAUCAAGAUGCUUCCUCUCUUCAUCAAGAUGCUUCCUCUCUUCAUCAAGAUGCUUCCUCUCUUCAACAAAGUGCUUCCUCUCUUCUUCAAAGUGAUUCCUCUCUUCUUCAAAGUACUUCCUCUCUUCAUCAAGAUGCUUCCUCUCUUGAUCAAGAUGCUUCCUCACUCCAUCAUGCAGCUUCCUCUCUUGAUCAAGAUGCUUCCUCUCUUGAUCAAGGUGCUUCCUCUCUUCAUCAAGAUGCUUCCUCUCUUCAACAAAGUGCUUCCUCUCUUCUUCAAAGUACUUCCUCUCUUGAUCAAGAUGCUUCCUCACUCCAUCAUGCAGCUUCCUCUCUUGAUCAAGGUGCUUCCUCUCUUCAUCAAGAUGCUUCCUCUCUUCAACAAAGUGAUUCCUCUCUUCUUCAAAGUACUUCCUCUCUUCAUCAAGAUGCUUCCUCUCUUCAUCAAGAUGCUUCCUCUCUUCAACAAAGUACUUCCUCUCUUGAUCAAGGUGCUUCCUCUCUUCAUCAAGGUGCUUCCUCUCUUCAACAAAGUGCUUCCUCUCUUCAACAAAGUACUUCCUCUCUUGAUCAAGGUGCUUCCUCUCUUCAUCAAGAUGCUUCCUCACUCCAUUAUGCAGCUGCUUCUUUUCUUCAUCAAUUCCUCUUCACCCUGGAGCUCCUCAGCUUUAUAUCAUUUUAAUUGGAUUUUUUGA